AUGCCAUUGUAUGCCAAAUUUUUAAAGAAGCUUAUCAACAAGAAAAGAAGUUGGCUUGAGAGGGAAACCGUAUUACUCACCGAGGAAUGCAGUGCUGUGAUUCAACGGGGCAUUCCACCAAAACUCAAGGAUCCGGGGGGCUUUGUAGUGUCGUGCACCAUUGGCAAAACAAUUCUCAACAAAGCUCUCUGUGACCUUGGUGCCAGCAUCAAUUUAAUGCCUCUUUCAAUGAUGAGAAAGCUUGAUAUAGAAGAGCUUAAACCCACCAGGAUGUCAUUAGUUAUGGCUGACAGAUCCAUCAAGACACCCAAUGGAAUUGUGGAGAAUCUGUUGGUGAAGGUUGGGGAAUUUAUCUUCCCAGCAGAUUUUGUGAUUUUGGAUACUGAAGAGGAAGGAAGUGACUCAAUCAUUUGGGAAGGCCAUUUCUACACACAGCAAGAGCCAUCAUUGAUGUAG